GCUGUCUCUAUCUCUGUCGAAUAAAUAAAAUCUUUUUAAAAAGAUAAUAAAAAAAAUAACUUUAGCAAUUACUAUUUUGUGUCCUGCUUUUUUUCACUCACCGUCACAACACAAUUUUCCCCAUUUUUCUUUUUCGUAUAUAUUUUUAAAGGUUUUAUUUGUUUGAGAGAGAGACAGCAUCAGCAGUGGGGAGGAGACGGAGUGGGGAGAAGCAGGCUCUCCGAUGAGCAAGAAGCAUGAUGUGGGACCGGAUCCCAGGACCCUGAGAUUAUGACCUGAGCCUAAGGCAGAGGCUUAACCCACUGAGCCACCCAGGCGCCCGCCCCCACAUUUUUCAAAGGCAUUCUGAAUGCGUUAAAUUUCGUGGUGGGAUGAUUCAUUUUUCAGGUCCCUUAGAGGACAACUGAAUGUGCAUCUCUGCGCAGAAUGUUUGGCCCACGAAACUUUUAAAAUAUAUGUUCCAGACUCGGAUGACUGGACCAACUUUACAGUCUCAGGCACACGACGCCUUUUCCCACCCAGCCCACCACUCCCAUUCCCACACUUCAACCUGGGCCACGAUUGCCACCUCGACUUUUCCAGCUCCAGGAGCCCCCUCGGCCUCCGUAGUCACGUGGUGACGUUACGCAUACAGCGGUGCUGGUUUCCCUGGUGACGGUUGCUGGGGCAGCGCGUGCAAGCGUCCGGAAGAGACAGAGCUGCUCUGGCCUUAGAAGUGAGGAGCCGAGUGACAGCUGACAAGAUGGCAGCAGAUGAAGGUGCACAGGACACCUUACGGCUCCAGUUCAAGGCCAUGCAGGAGAUGCAGCACAAAAGGCUACAGAAGCAGAUGGAGAAACAGAAGGAAAAGGAACUGAGCCUCGGAAUCAAAGUCGAUGACCAAAAAGAGCUCUUGGAGAUCUCCAAUGGCCUCAGCCUUCUCCAGGCUGGGGAGCAAAACUCGAAAAACAGCUUUGAACAGAGGAUGCUUGAAGAUGAGAUUGCACACCUUCGAGAGCAGCUCAGGGAGAUGGUGGAUGAAAACGGGCGCUUGUACAAGCUGCUGAAGGAGAGGGACUUUGAAAUCAAACAUCUCAAAAAGAAAAUGGAAGAGGACAGAUUUGCCUUCACAGGGACAGCCGGUGUGGCCGGGGAUGUGAUCGCCACCAAGAUCGUCGAGCUGUCCAAAAAGAACCGGGUGCUGACGGCAGAGUCCGAGGGCGCGAAAACCCGAGUGAAACAGCUGAGCAAUCGCAUCCAGGCGCUGGAGCGCGAACUGCAGGCGGCCCUGGCCAGGCUACCAGCCAAGGCAGCCACCGACGUGGGAGCCAAGGCGUCAAGGACUCAGAUGGGAGACAGAGCCUUGCCAGAGACCCCAGAGGUGAAGGUCUUGCAGGACAGGCUGGCGGCCACAAACCUGAAAAUGAGCGACCUCCGCAACCAGAUCCAGUCCGUGAAGCAGGAGCUCCGGAUGGCCCAGAAGGUUUUGACCAGCGAGGUCGGGGAGGAUGUGAAUGUCCAGCAGCUCCUGUCCUCCCCGGGGACCUGGAGGGGCCGGGCUCAACAGAUUCUCGUGUUGCAAAGCAAGGUCCGCGAGCUUGAGAAGCAGUUGGCACAGACCCGCAGCCCGUCUGCAGGAACAUCCAGGGACGACCUGUCAGUCUGUCCAGACCCAAGGAAGCUGUCGGCACAGGAGAGAAACCUGCUGAGGAUCCGCAGCCUGGAGAGGGAGAGACAGGAUGGCUGGGAGAAACUUGUGGGUGAGCGGGAUGCCCUCCAGAGAGAGCUUGAAGAACUGAAAAAGAAGUUGGAGGGUGUCAGGUCACGGAAUAAGGUGCUGUCAAGCGAAGUGAAGACCCUCAGGAAUCAGAUGGGGACCCUGGUGGAGAAAGGUCGGCAUGACGACGAGCUCAUCGAUGCCCUUAUGGACCAGCUGAAGCAGCUACAGGAGAUCCUGGGCAGCCUGAGUCUGCAGGAGGAGAAGACCCGGGCGUCGCAGCUCCGCCUAGACCAGCGGGUCCACAGUGAGGCUCAGCAGAGCAGCGGCCUCAUCACCGAGCUGCGGGCCAUGGUGGCUGAGCGGGAGGCCAAGGUGCAGCAGCUGGAGCUGGAGAUUGGCCAACUCAGCGUGCGGUAUCUUCAGAAUAAAGGAGUGGGCAAAGGGUCCGGUGGGACUGAGGGCAACCCCGCCUAUACCAAGUUCCUGGAGGACCCGGGCCAGACCAAGCCCCCGGCCUCAGCAGGCGAUCACGUUGGCAGGCUUGGAUCUUCUCGCUCCGUGACCAGCCUGGGCCACACGCUGGUGGAAUCUGCUCUCACAUGGCCUUCUCUGCCCAGUCCUCACGGGGCCUCUCCCAGGUUCUCGGACUCCCCCGAACAAAAAGGCUGGCAGGCACAGGUGACAGAGCUCAAGGCCCUCUGGCAGGCUACGGAAGUGGAGCGUGACCGGCUCACCGAGUUUGUCACUGUCCUGCAGAAACGGGUGGAGGAGAGCAACAGCAAGCUUCUGGAAUCAGAGAAGAAGCUGCAGGAGGAGCGGCAACGCAGCGUGGUGCUGGAGCAACAUCUGGAGAAGAUGCGCCUGGAACCUGGGAGGACGUCAGCUGGUCAGAGAGCAGCCCCCAGGAGCAAAACAGGUCUGCCUACCUCCAACACCAGACACAACCCGAACGGGAGUGAAAGGAAGGACCCAUCCUUCACCCAGCUCUCCAAUGUGCCCAUGGAAUCACAGAUGGAGGAGCUGACCACCAGGCUGGCCAUCCAGGUGGAGGAGAAUGAAAUGCUGAAGGCUGCCCUGGGCAGUGCCCUGCGUGGAAAGGAGGAGGAUUUCCGAAUGUACCACGAGACCCUGGGCCAGGUGAAAGGGGUCUUUCUGCAGGCCCUGCGGCAGCAGAAGGCAGACAGUACUAGGACGGUGGCCCAGUGUCAGCCUGGCGGGACGGGGCAGUCUUAGGCCUGGAGAGGACUCCAUGUGCUCCCAGAAGCCAGCUUGGGGCAAUCAGCUCAGCCCUUUCUCCCAGAAGAGGUUCCCCAAGGGUGAGCAAAGCCAACACCUCAGACCAGGAGGGCAAAGGAGAAGCCCUGGCGGAGCCUUGGAGGCGACCCCGGACAGGCUGGGCAAUGGCAGCGGAGGAGACUGGGUGAUCUGCUCAGCACCAGCGAGAGCUCCAGGACAAGCCGGCUGUGGACAGAGAGAUGCAGCCCCCGGGGCAGGUGCUCAUCGCCCUUGGCCUCGGGCUUAGCUGGGCCCUGUGUGCCCACAGGGCUCCAUCCAUCCGCACAGGACCCCUCUCAGGGCUCCAGCUGCAAGCCUCCCCCAGCCCCACCCACCCUCCUCACCAGGGCCUACCCCUGCCGUACCCAGCUCCCCCUGCAUGGCUUCAUCUGUGGCCACCCCCAACCUUCGAAGACUUGGGGGCACAUGCUUGCAGCCACUUUGUCAGCCCGCUCUUCAGGGCUCUUCCUUAGCCGCAGCCCCUCGGAUUUAUAAUAAUAAUGAUUAUUUUCACGAUGGCCACAGGUCCUGGUCAGUGAGCAUCCGCCGUGGAAACUGACGCCGUCUAGUCCUCUAGUAACCCCGGGGUUGAGGCUUAUAGAAAGAAGCUGGGCUAACGUUUAACCCUGGGCCUCCUGGCUACGAAAGCAAGGUCCUCCAAGUCGAGCGUAUCCCAGGGUGGGUGUGCCCACCCCCAGGCAGCUGCUCCCGAGUCCCCUCCAUUUGCUUGCACAAGGCUGCAGGGGGAGGGGCAGGGGCUGGGCAGGAGCUUCGGGCAGGAGGGUUCUGAGGCAGAGAGUCCAGGCCAAGGCCUGGUGCUCCUCCCUCAUGGCCACAUAGGGGUGAGCCCCCCACAUCCGUCUGUAACGGUCACAGCGUCACCCCCGCCUCACUGCACUCACAGCUCUGGUGAAGGGUGGCCCUAAGGAAAGUCACCCACAGCCACUCAUUCUGACCAGACCCCUUGGCCACACCUGUGUCCACACAGCCCCCCCCCCGCCUCUGCAAAGCUGCAGGUGCACAGAAAUACCUAGACUCAGAAGCACACAGCUGUAUGGUGCAUACAUGCGCCCCAGCCGGUGCCGGCUCCGCACUCAUAGGCCCUCCACACGCGCAUGCGCUCACACUCCCACACAGGAAGCCCAGUCACUAGCACAGUGACUCACAGGUGCGGGCGCACGUGCCGGGCGGAGACCCCCCCCCCCCGCGGGGAAGCCACCUGGGGCUCCAGGGACCCAUCUGCUCAGGCCCUUGCUCAGGGGUGGGGCUGUGGAGGAACUAUGUGCUGCCCCCCGGCCCCAGGAUGCCCCUGACCCUGCCUGGUGUGACUCAGGUCUAGAGGUCCCCUGGCAAUGUGCAGUGAAGGCCAUGAGGAUAAAGCAGCGAAGCUGACGGGGUCCUGGGGGCCCUGGGAAAGGAAGAGUUUUUCUCUGAUUCCUUGUGAAAGGAGAUGGCCAGGCAGAGCCGGGGGGACUGAGAGGCCCCGUGCCAGGAGGGAACGGUGUGUGACGGUGAGGAGUGGGCCCCACGCAGAGUUGGGGCACCAGACCGAGUAGCCUGUACCUUCCCCUGCAGGGUGCGGGUUCUGGCCCUCAGUGGAGUCCCUGGGAGGGAGAAGCAGGCAGAGGACCGGCUACCCUUCCUCAGGGAUGGGCAGAGUGGCAGGGGUCACCUCAGGAAAGUGCAGGGUGGCAUAAGCCACACUCUAACCACUCGAGGGUGGUUUGGCCACCCUUCCUGGCUCAGGGCUGCAUCUGAGAGAGGCAACAGCAUCAAGUCACAGGGUCUCAAUAGGUGUGCCUGGGGCACAUUCCUUUCUCCCCAUUCAACAGCUGUGUGGCUUUGGGCGAGUUGCUUAACCUCCCUGAGCCUCCAUGUCCUCAUCUGUAAAAUGGGGACAAGAACAGAAGCCUCCUUCAGGAGCUGUUGUUAUAUGUAUCAGAGAAUAGCUCAAAGACAUGUAGCUAAUUAUUAGGUUGCCUUUCACUUCUGUACAAGGGACAUGUAUCAAUAGAUUGAUUUCAUUCCACAAAGAUAAAACACGAUUUUCAUGAGAGAGAGAGCGGGCAGAAAAACGGCAGUCAGGCACAGUAAAUCUCGUUUGCUCAUUUUGGGGUACACUGAUUAACUGGCAUCUUGCAGAGGUCAGUCUGGGCUCCAGUCCUUGCUUAGGCCAACUGUGGGCAUAAAGACAACUG